AGAACUGCAUAUGGACAUGGCGCAUUUUGAAUUCAAACAACUGGUCCUGCUCUCACUGCGCCCACACCUCAACCCCCUACCGCCGCUCGCGCCAAUGAUGUAAUUCUAUUUUAACGGCUGGGGGCGCGGCUGUAACCGGCAGCUCCGCCCUUCGAGCUCAUAGCGAGCGGGCAUAGAGAACUCCAGCCGCCUGUGGACUGUGGGAGGAUCUAACGGCAGCGCUCCGCUCCUCCACGGCCAGCCAAACACUUGAACACACACUGCGCCAAGCAAAAACGAAACCUUCAGCUCUGAAACUUCAGUUUGAUAAGAAGUGAUGGCAGCUAUCCGUAAGAAGCUGGUGAUUGUGGGAGAUGGAGCCUGUGGGAAAACCUGCUUGCUGAUUGUGUUCAGUAAAGAUCAGUUCCCCGAGGUCUACGUGCCUACAGUGUUUGAAAAUUACAUCGCUGAUAUAGAGGUGGACAGCAAACAGGUGGAGUUGGCUCUAUGGGACACAGCUGGUCAGGAAGACUAUGAUCGGUUAAGGCCAUUGUCAUAUCCUGACACGGAUGUUAUUCUGAUGUGUUUCUCUAUAGACAGUCCAGAUAGUUUAGAAAAUAUUCCAGAGAAAUGGACGCCAGAGGUAAAACAUUUCUGUCCCAACGUUCCCAUCAUCCUUGUGGGCAAUAAAAAGGACCUGCGGAAUGAUGAACACACACGCAGGGAGCUGAGUAAGAUGAAACAGGAACCUGUAAAACCAGAGGAGGGCCGUGACAUGGCUAACAGGAUCAGUGCAUUUGGAUAUUUAGAGUGUUCGGCUAAAACUAAAGAUGGAGUGCGGGAAGUGUUUGAGAUGGCCACCAGGGCGGCACUGCAGGUCCGCAAGCGCAAGAAGAGAGGCGGCUGCCUGCUGUUAUAA